GAGGAGGGAGGGAAUCAUUAUACUAGGAUGUCUUACUUCAGUUGCAUAGACAUCUAUCUCCUAAUGUUAAGUUCAUUUGAAACAAAAUUUUGCUAUAGAUGCAUUGCCAUUGCAGUCAUGCGUCUACAGAAAGCAGCAUACUUAUUUCUGGCAAUUCUCCAUUCAGAAUGGGCACCCUGAAAUUGUCCACACUCUGUACAAAAGAAUUGGUGGUGUGAAAAGAGGUGGAAGUGUGCAAUUCUUUACAAUUUCAUGAUGUAUUAAUUUAAGGCGAAUGUUGUCAAAUGACAUCUGAGCACUGGAGGAGACUUUUCCUGCUGAGAUGGUGACUCAAGUUUUGAAUGGUGCUGUGCCUAAAUGAGCACAGUCACCUCAUCAAAAUCCCAUGCUGAUGAUUGCCGGCAGAAGGAAGAAGUGAGUACAGGAGUCUUCUAUAGAAGCUGACAGUGGUGAAACUUGGCCAAGCUAUUUCACAUAACUUGCUACAAGAUGGACACCAAGCUGGGAAUUUUCAGGAAUUGUAGGGAAAUUGUAACGCCUUUCAAUGGAACCCAGUGGGGUUCUGCCCUGUCCACAAGGGCAGAUACAGUACUGCCACACCUUCAAAAUAUAUUCAGCCAGCUCCCUACCUGCCUGUCUUCUUUCCUGCAAGCAGUUGGGGGUGGGAUGCCUGGCUGUCAGCUUCCUCCUCCUCAAUCCCUGUAAAACUCACCAUGGAGGAAGAUGUGGACAAAGCCAGAAUUAGUUGGCUCUGCCUGCCAUUUGCUCUAGUUCCACCUGCUGCUGGGAUCCUGGACCCUACCAGUCUGAUCCUGCCACAGAUAUCUCCUGUGAUAAAAGGAGUGAGGAUCCAAUUUCCCCCCCUCCAUUUUUUAACCUUGGAUCCCCAGAUAUUGCUGGACUAUAACUCCCAUCAUUCCCAGCCGAUUUAGCCAGUGGUCAGAGAUAAAAGAAGUUGUGCUGCAUCAUAAUCUGAGUGCCGAACGAAAGGUUGAAGAAGACUGCCUUAACUUGCGUAGGAUGAACCUAUGCUGCUUUUGCAUGAAUAUACAUUUUUUCGUAAAUAGUUUGGACUGCUUUAGUUAUAUGUGCUUUCUUUUAAAGCUUGUUCCCCUUUCUUCUACUCUUCUACUGAUUUAAAUAAACAUGAUCUUUCUAUUUGAACUCUGAUAUUUUGCCCAGCUGCAGGAGCUGCUCAUGUUCAUGUUACCCAACAAAUUUGCUUUCCUACCCUCCAGACGUUCAAGAAGAGAUGCUGGGAAUUGAAGAUUGGGCUCUGGCUACUUGUAACAUGUCAGGGAUUUAGGAUAGUAUCUCCGCCACCAGCUCAGAUCAUUAUAACUACUCGAAGUCUGGAUCUCUACACCACCUUUCCUUUUAGCCUAUCGAGGACUAAAUAUAAGCAGCAGUGCCUCCCAGCUUGCCCCACCUCACAGGAUUGGUGUGAGUGAGCUCUUUGUCAUGCCCCACAAGCAGAUUGCCUCUCUAGGUCCCCUAGUAUCACUGUUCUUGGUGUAGUGAGUCUCUGAAUAUGAACACUUGGAUUCAGCCUUUCUAUCUGGCAAGUCACUCGGGUAGGCUAACUACACAGUACAGUUUUAAGUUUUAAAAACUUAUAUAAUGAGCUGGAAAUAAAAAAAUCUUAAUUCUUAUCUAAACCCUGUGUGCAUCAUGGUGGCCAAAGCAAGCUGCUGUAACUAUCACAUUUUUUUCUUAGUGUCAAAGCCCUUGUUCUUUCAGAAGAUGACUUUGCGGUGAACUUUACCCAACUUAGCAUUGUUAUAAGAAUUUUGAGGUCAUAUAUAUGUAAUAAUUGUUCAUAAAACAUGUACAUGAAUGUACAGAAACAUGUCUGAAGCAGCACAGGAAGACAGGCCUGACUGACACCAUUUUGACUCUCUCUCUCUGACCAGGUGUUCCUCUGCAAGGAAGAAGGGGGGUGGGGGGAACCUUCUCAUUGUCUCAGGAAUUAAAGUGAUAAUCCCUGGCAUCCUGAUACCUGAGUGCCAGACAAAAGGGUGUGAUUAACUUGGCUGGGAAACAGGGAAAUGUAAAUGUCUCUCUUUUUUGUUGAUUAGGUUUUGGGGGCAGGGGGCAGGGUCCAGGAUGCUCAGAUUACUGCCACCAGACCUCCCCUUUCAUGAUGUACCUAUGAUGAAUCUAGGGAGGGCGGUCUUGGGCUACACCCCUUCUGUGAUGUAUGGGUGAUGCUUCUGGGGGUGGGCUGAAACCAAUUUCAAAUUUCUUUUUAAGGGCAGGACACCUUUGUUUGGGGUUCCUUCCUUGUUCUCCUGCGUGAGAGGAAGGACCCUGUUGCAACAACGAAAAUAAAGGCUUUGCUUCUCAAACUUCUCUGGUUGGCCUCUGUUAUAUUCUCCAACCGAUGGAGAACCCAAUAAGGGAAUAAGGGCAGAUUUUUGCCUAUAUCAGAAUGAAAAUGGAAAAUAUUAAUGUUAAUUAGAUUUAACACAUAAUGGUCAUAGAAUGUCAGUGGGGGGGGGAUUGCCACUCCCUCUCCCCAAUCCCUGUUUGCAAACUUCUGCGCCAGGAGCUAAAGAGCUGGUGCGUUUUCUGGAAAAACCUGGUCCUGGUGAAUUUCUGCCUUAUAAUUCUAGACUGGACAUUGUUAAGCCCAAUGGCAUAGCAAUAGCUUUGCAUGCAAGAUAUUCCAGGCUCUUCCCACAUAUCAGAAGUGGGUUGUGUUGCUGUUUGCAUGCUUAAGGCAAAGAGAAAAGAAAGUCUUGCACAUCCGCGAUACCUUUUAACUUCUGCAGCUUUCUCUGCAUGUAAACAUAGGUGUGCAUAUGCACAUAUGUGCAUAGAUGCGUAUGCAUUUUCCCAGAGGGGAGCUGAGAAAAAAUUGCCCACCUUCCUAGAUCCAUGAAGUACGAUUUUUCUGAACUGACCUAACGUCACUCUCACCCGCUCCUCAGGCCGAAGCGCACCCGCCAGAAACCCCCUUUAGUCGGGGCCUGCGACUCCUCCCUUCGCUUCUCUCCGUAGUUCUAGAUGACAUUUCCCCCUUUCCUCUUUGCUUUGCGCUCUUCUCCCUCCCAAGGCCAUCGCGAAAGCUCCUCGACACGCGCGCCGUCGCUAGGCAACCGCCUCUGCGUCCUCGGAGAGAGCCGGCCCCUUUAAGGGCGCGUCGAACGCCGAUGGCAUGGAUGGGCGAGCUCGGCUUCGAAAGGAGGCCGAGCUGCGUUGCUUCGCUCUCCUACUUCCUCCUCCCUUCCCCGCCUCGAGCGCCCGCGUAUUUCUGCGGCUGAGGCUGGGCCAGCCUUGGGUCGGGACUUGACUGAUAUGGUCUGGAGAGCGGGGAUUUUGACAGGGCCGCGGAAGGUAGUUGGCCGGAAGAGCGGAGGCCCCGGGAGUCCGAUGGCGGCGGCGCUGGAGGAUCCUGUCUUGAUCCGUCAUUUUAAAGGCCACAAAGAUGCAGUCACCUGUGUUGCCUUCAAUCCAACUACUAGAGCACUUGCUACCUCUUCUUUGGAUAGGUUUCUUAUGAUAUGGAACUUGAAGCCAAACUCCAAAGCCUUCAGAUUUGUGGGUCACUUGGAAGGUGUGACCAGUGUACAGUUUUCACCAGAUGGAAACUUGCUGGCAUCUGCUUCUCAAGAUAGGACAGCCAGGCUAUGGAUUCCAUGUAUUCACGGUGAAUCCACACCAUUAAAGGGCCAUACAGCAGCAGUCCGUAGCGUGAACUUCUCGUACGACAGUCAGUUUCUAGCUACUGCAUCCAACGACAAGUCUGUAAAAGUCUGGAGUGUUUACAGCCAACGUCUUUUGUUUACCUUAUUCCAGCACACACACUGGGUGCACUGUGCCAAAUACUCACCAGAUGGAAGAUUAAUAGUUUCUUGCAGCGAUGAUAAAACUGUUAAAAUCUGGGAUUUAAGAAACAAAACCUGUGUUGAUGAUAUAAUAGAUCAUGAAGGAUUUGCCAACUAUGUGGACUUCAGUCCUGAUGGUACGUGUAUAGCUUGCGCAGGCUCUGAUCACACAGUGAAGAUCUGGGACAUUCGAAUAAACAAAUUAUUGCAGCAGCACCGAGUUCACAGAGCGGGCGUGAACUGCACGUCUUUCCAUCCUUCUGGCAACUAUCUCCUCACAGCUUCCAGCGACAGUACUGUUAAGAUUUUGGAUCUUUUAGGAGGAAGGCUCUUGUACACGCUCCAUGGGCAUGAGGGACCUGUUCUCUCUGUAGCCUUUUCAAAAGGCGGAGAAACAUUUGUCUCUGGUGGUGUGGAUGCACAGGUGUUGUUCUGGAAAACAAACUUUGAUGCAUUUGAAUACAAGAAAGUUCUUAAAAAUCACAUGCGAAAAUUACAUGGGGAUGAACCCCCUCACCUUCUUGAUAUUUACCCUCGAUCACCUCAUCGCCAUGAUGCAAAACCACAAUCUGUUGAGAUAGAUCCCAGCUACGACGUCACAGAUAUGCAAACACUUGACCCUCCUGUCGUAGAUAUUACCUCACCUUCUGAUUUACUGACAAAGCCAAGUAUCCCUUUAGCUCAACCUUCCAUGCAACAAGAGAGAGGGAUCAUGCAGCAAGAUGGAAUGAACAGCCAAGACAUGCAACAGCAUUCAGUUUUAGAACAGCCAAGACCUGCAGCAGCACUUAGUUUUAGAACAACAAGAGCAACAAGGACAAGUUUGGAAGACGGAAGUAAAUACAUUGCGCACACCAUGGACGAGCCAGUAGGCAUUUCUCCAGUUUUGACUAACGCCUUGGAACACAUUGUGGAGCAGCUGGAUGUUCUUACUCUUACUGUGUCAAUCUUGGAGCAGCGCCUGACUUUGACGGAAGAUAAACUGAAAGAGUGCUUAGAGAACCAAGAGAAACUGUUACUCUCUGUCAGAGAUUGAAAAUAAACAAUGCAGAUGCAUUCUCAGGAAGACAAAACAGUGACAUGAAGCAAAUAAAAUGUGCCUCUUUGGUGUAAGUGAUUUCCCCAAAAAUCAUUGAUAACAUUUUGAACAUGUAAUUUUGUGUGUGCGCGUUUAUUAAAUAUAUAUUUGUGUUUUUCUGAA